GCCAUUUAAAAGCAGAGGUGGCAGGCAUGAGAGGGAAGUGGAUGUGCCCCACAGAUACCCCUUCUCUCUCCUCCUCGGCUCCUCCCUCGCUCUGCCAGGGCUGACUUUUGCUCCUCCCUCUUACUCUAGUUUCUCUUUGGACCCCAGCCUCGUGUUCUUCUUCUCCUUCUUGUAGCUUCCAUCCCACUCCCACCGCCCCCUCUAAUCCCCCACCAGCCCUCCCAAUUGGACCCAAACCCCCUCCCACCAGCUUAAAAAUCCGGUUUUGGGAAGGUUUCCGUCCACAGAUCGGGGAGAAGCUCCCACUUCAUCCGGUGGGGCGGUGUCCACAUCCCGUUUCUUGGUUUCUUCCGGGGUUCUUGGAUGAGCUGCUUCGUGUGCUUCGGAUCGGCCCAGGAUGGGGAGGCCAAGAAGCCCGGCGCGGACGCCAAGGACUCGCGCAAGGACGCCGCGGCGGAUCGCGGCGUGUCCAGGGUCGGAUCAGAUAAAUCAAGAUCACAUGGUGGAUCAGACUCUAAGAAAGAUAUAGUCAUUCAUAGAGAAGGGAACAGUCAAAACAUUGCAGCACAGACUUUCACUUUUUGUGAACUUGCUGCUGCCACUAAGAAUUUCAGACAGGAUUGCCUAUUAGGGGAGGGAGGUUUUGGCCGUGUAUAUAAAGGAUGUUUGGAAAAUGGUCAGGCUGUUGCUGUGAAGCAACUUGAUCGUAAUGGCCUCCAAGGAAAUAGAGAAUUUCUGGUCGAGGUUCUCAUGCUCAGUCUCGUACAUCACACUAACCUGGUCAAUUUAAUUGGCUACUGUGCUGAUGGCGACCAACGCCUUCUUGUUUAUGAGUUUAUGCCACUGGGGUCACUAGAAGAUCAUCUGCAUGAUCUGCCACCUGACAAGGAAUCUCUCGACUGGAACACACGGAUGAAGAUAGCUGCAGGUGCAGCUAAAGGCUUAGAAUACCUCCAUGACAAGGCAAGCCCUCCUGUUAUUUACCGGGAUUUCAAGUCGUCAAACAUUCUUCUUGGCGAAGGAUUUCACCCAAAGCUAUCUGAUUUCGGCCUUGCAAAACUUGGUCCGGUUGGUGACAAGACCCAUGUUUCAACACGUGUGAUGGGUACAUAUGGCUACUGUGCCCCAGAAUAUGCAAUGACUGGGCAGCUCACAGUUAAAUCUGAUGUGUAUAGCUUUGGUGUUGUAUUCCUUGAACUGAUCACAGGGCGUAAAGCAAUUGACAACACCAAGCCCCAGGGGGAGCAAAAUCUAGUGGCAUGGGCUCGUCCAAUGUUUAAGGACCGCAGGAAAUUUCCAAAAAUGGCAGAUCCGAUGCUUCAAGGCCGCUUCCCCAUGAGGGGUCUAUAUCAGGCCUUAGCUGUUGCUGCCAUGUGUUUGCAAGAGCAAGCUGCCACACGCCCUCAUAUUGGAGAUGUUGUCACUGCUCUCUCAUACCUUGCUUCUCAGACAUAUGACCCGAAUGCCCCUGUUCAACAUAAUCGGAGUAAUUCAUCUACCCCCAGGGUGAGGAACCCUGCUGGGUGGAACGACGAUCAGCGCAGUGUGCGCUCACCAAACCAUCAUUCUCCAGACCUGCGGAGGAGAGAAGCUGCUAGGGCAUCAAAGUAUGGAGCAGAGGUUAGCAGGACAAGCUCUACUGGUGAUUCUGGUCGGAGAUCAGGACUGGAUGACAUGGACAUGACAGGGUCACAAGUGGGUAGUCCAGCUCAAACUGGAAGAAGAGAAACUUCAAGGGCUGCUGGCAGGCAGUGCGCUAUUGCAGAGGCCAAAAUGUGGGGGGAGAACUCAAGAGAGCGAUCAAAUGGCCAUGGUAGCUUCGAUAGCACAAAUGAGUAAAGCCGGCAGGUUUUAUUUCAGGCAUCGCUCUUGCAGAUGGAUGAGUUGAGUUCACUCAUCAGCACCAAACAGAUCCGAUCUAGGAACAUGGUGCCGGUUUCAUUGUCUGUGAAUAAGGCUUUUCUUGCUCUUUUAUGGCAACCAACGGUUAAAUGCGUUCUCCUGGCGUCCAUUCCUUGUGAAUGUGAUCGUGUUAUGCUUCUGUGGAGCUCAGGAACCUGUAGGAUUCAGCUGGAGAGGUAGGCAGGCGAAGAGAGGAGUGCAGAGUCACAUUGACCAGUGCUUUUUUUUUUUUUUUUGCAAUUAAAUGAUGAGUAUGCUCAGUGUAUUGUGAAUCUAUAACUUGUCAUGUCUGGCUGCUUGAGAGGCCUUGUAAGUUCUUCGUAUGAGAAUUCAGGUCUGGACAUACAGGGCAGGCUACGUUGCUUCGUACAGCUACUUUUUUUAGCCA